AUGCCGCCACCGAUCCCUAGGUUCCCUGGCGGGCCCAACACCAUAUCGCCUUACCACCAGCAGUUCCCCUCCCACGCCGCCCAAGGCCAUGCCGCGAACCAUGGGCCUCCCCUCGGCGGCAAUCCCUCCUACCUCAACGCCAACGCCCAGAUCAGCCCCUUUUCUACGAACGGAAAUGUUCUCGGCGGCACUCCAGGUCUAAACGGCGGCUUCCCCCUCGGCGCCGACAACAGCCUCAGCAGCCACGCUGCGCGCAUGAGCUUCCACGCCGCGAACUUGCAGCAGCAACCGCACGGCCAGCCGCAGCACAACUUUGGGCUCGACCAUGGCGGUGCGCCGGCGCGAACGACCCAGAACAAGGGAAGGAUACGUGAGGUCUGGAAGCAUAACCUUGUCGAGGAGAUGGCCGUAUUGAGGGAGCUCGUCGACAAGUACCCGUAUAUUGCCAUGGAUACCGAAUUUCCAGGCGUGGUGUCACGGCCGAUGGGCUCUUUCAGGGGGAAGAGCGAUUACCACUACCAGUGCCUGCGCACCAACGUUGAUAUGCUCAAAGUCAUCCAGAUCGGGCUGACACUGUUUAACGAAGACGGCGAAACGCCUCCUGCGCGACCAAAUUCGACUCAAGACCUUGAACUAGGUGCCGCGGGCAAAAGGGCCGCGUCGCAAGGUCCCUUCCCCUAUGCCUGGCAGUUCAACUUCAAAUUCUCCGUCAAGGACGACAUGUACAACGAGAAAUCGAUCGAAUCAUUAUCGAGCGCGGGCAUCGACUUUGCUCUCCUCGAGAGAGACGGUAUCGACCCUCACGAAUUCGCCUCCCUCCUCAUCCCGUCCGGUCUCGUCUGCUUCGACAACGUAAAGUGGAUCUCCUUCCAUGGUGGCUACGAUUUCGGGUACCUCACCAAGCUCCUCACCUGCAACGACCUUCCCAACGACGAAGCGGACUUCGAUGGAGUCAUGAAGAAGUACUUCCCGUCAGCUUAUGAUGUCAAGCACCUUAUGAAGCAUGCCAUACGACUGCACAACUCGGGACUUCUCACCCCUAGCGACCCCAGCAGCGCCGACAUCCUCCAAAAAUUCGAGCACAAGUCUGGUCUCGAGAACAUUGCCGAUUCCCUCAAGAUCAAGCGUGUGGGCAACGCGCAUCAGGCCGGUUCCGACUCUCUGCUCACGGGCAAGGUCUUCUUCCAGAUGCGCGACAAAAUCUUUAACGGAGAGAUCCCCGAAGAGCACGUCGGCAAGGUGUGGGGUCUCGGCAUUCCGGACCUCUUGGUGCUCGAACGGCUGCCGUUUGGUAACAACGCCGGCAACCAGGACCAGUCGCACCAGGGACCCAACGGCCAGCAGAACGGCGGGCCAAGCACGCCCAACACUGCUAGCGUCGGCCUUGUGAGCACACCCGCCGCGCAAUCCCACAACACCAACGGCCUAUCGAUGGGCCCGAUGACACCGGGUGGGGGCGGCGGCGUGUUCGGUAACUUUGCCUUUGCAGGCAGAAGUUAG